AUGGUCAACGGCACCGCUACGGUGUUGGAGCCCACCUUUACGGGAUACGUCGCGACAACACAGGAUGCGCUGAUUCUUUUCGAGGCCUGUCUGACGGGAGUGCUGCACCAUGUGCCCCGUCGGCCUCACGAUCGCGAACGUGGUCACCUGGUCCGCAGUGGCAGUGUGUUCAUCUACGAGGAGAAUUCGUCGGGAAUUAAGCGAUGGACGGAUGGAGUGACCUGGAGUCCCAGUCGAAUCCUGGGCAACUUUCUCGUCUACCGCGAACUGGAGAAGCCAUUUCCUCCCGGCGAAAAGAAGCGAGCGAUGAAGAAGGCCAAUCGACGCCCGGUGCCUUCGACGAGACCUGGGGAGCCGUAUCCGCGACAGGACAGCAACGGCGGUUAUUCGCCGUCUUCGACCCCCGGUCAGUAUCCUGGAGACCGACCACACCAGUCGGAUGUGGAGAGAGCGUUGGUGGGCUCGCUAGUGGACUCGUAUGGCUUCAAGGAUUCGGGACUCGUGAAGAAGACGAUGAGUGUGACGGUUUCGGGGGUGACACACCACCUGGUUUCGUAUUACAGCGUGGAAGACGUGAUGCGCGGGCUGUUGAACCCGCCAUCGAUGGUCGACUCGCUGCGGUACAUUCGGCCUCGUGCAGAGCUGACGCAGAAGCAAAGCUUCCGGGCACCCAUCGAUGACCUGGAAUCGGGAGCUUUAGAGAACCCGAACGACCCCCAUACGAUCUACGGAUACCGACCUCAGUUGGUAGCACCGCCCGGGUAUGCGAUCCCCAACCCUCAUCCCGAAUUCUAUAUGCACCCCGCGCCGUAUGCUGCUACGCAUGCUCCGCAGACUGCGGCCAUCCCGGGAUACUCGAUGGCAGGGUCGAUUUCGGCGCAGCCAGCUUCCAACCCGUAUCUCCCCGCACCGUCUGCACCUACCCAGAUCCCGCAGAAGCCAGACGACUACUCUCAAUUCCGGACACCCACUCAGUAUGGAACAAGCUUCGAUGCUCUGGGUCACAAUGCGCUGUCGUCAUCGAUCCCUUCUGCACUCAACACGGGCAUUCCGAGUUCCUUGAGCGAUCGCAACCGAUCCCAGUCGGACCACAGCCCUUCGGCCUAUCGCAAUUCGUCAAUAUCCUCACGCAGCGUUGCGACCGACGCGACCUCGCCCAUCGAUCCGGCCACGCCGGCCACAUAUUCACGGGGAGGAAGCUUCAGCCUGGGCCCGCUUGAUGGACCGCAUCAACCACUGGAACAGCGUGGCAUGUCUGCAUUUGACCCGGGCAUCCCGCGCCGGGAGUCGAACCCGAUGCAUGCGCCUUAUUACCCGGGCGCAGACCGACAUCCGUACUACGUGAGCGCUACCGCACCAGCAGCUCAUGCCAAUUACCCCGUGUCGACAUGGGCAGCGGCUGCUGCUCCGGCACAGCCUCAGAUAUGA